AUGGCCGAACAAAGCAUCAAGUCGCUUUUCAGCUCUGCAGAGCGCCAAAGAAAGGAUAUCGAGGCAUCGUGGGACAGCAACACCGCAGAAUAUCAGCAGAACCUCGCCGCCGCCAUCAAGUCCUACGACGAUUGCCUCAAGCUUACAGACCGGCUGUCUCUCUUCAGCCCGAACGAAACCCUUGAGGAUGUGACAUCUGGGGAUCUCCAGUACCUGCAAAUCAACUAUCGCCUCGCCGAGCUCAUCCUCCGAGUCUCAAGUACAGACCGGAAAGGCACCAUCCAAACCGCCAGAGAUGCCUACGAAAGAUACUUAAGCUUGCUAGACCACUACGAAAUUCUCACACCCGCAGACAAGAAGCUCUACAACACCUACACCGAAGCCCCCGCCUCCUUCUCCACCAUCUCAACCGCAGAUCCAAACGCCCGGCGGAAUGCCAAAAUCUCAAACUUCAAGCAAGAAAAGGAGUUGAAGAAGAAGAUUGAGUUCCUAGCGCAAAACCCCGCGUACCUCCAAAACGACGACGAUGCUGUCCGAGAGCUCCAACUCGCCAACCUCGCCAGCUGCACACACAACACCUUUCAGCAACUCGAAUCCCUGAAUCGCGAGCUUGAAGUCUUAGCCAUGGCACCACCUACCCCUCCUCCAGGCCCCGAAAGCUUAGAAGCAGACUUCAGAGAACGGAUGGGGAUACGUGACAGGGACGACUACUCGGACCGUUUAGAUCGCCGAGAUAUGCUCUCGGCGAGUAAUAAAGGGCCGAUAUUGAGCACACAGGGAAAACCAUUGCGGCCGUUUACGCUAGUGGGCGACAGACAACAGGUAAAGGAUGGUGUGUUUAGAUCUGGGCACAACUUGCCGACAAUGUCGAUUGAUGAGUAUUUGGAAGAGGAGCGCGCAAGAGGGGGUAUCAUCGAGGGAGGUGGGGAGGCUAGUGGGUUGAGCCCGGAGCUGGAUGAGGAUAAUUAUGAAAAGGGGGACGCAGAAAUUAUGAAGGCGAGGGAGUGGGAUGAGUAUGUUGAGUCCAAUCCAAAGGGAUCUGGGAACACUCUAAAUAGAGGAUAG